AUGACCCGUAGCCAGUCGGGAGAUCUACUACCACUAGACCAGGAGCUUGAACGAACCUGCAGAAACUUCAAGCGGGCUCUAAAGGCGCGACUGGCUGCGGAGGAGGCGCUAUCACAGCUGCAGUUAGAGGAGGAAGAAGAAGAGAUGGCUGAACCAGGGAACCAUGAUAUGAUCCCUGAAGAGCAAACCAUGGGGUCCUACUGGACCGCUAGAGCUGCGGACAUGAGGUCACCCAUUCAGCAUCCUCAUGUCCCAGCCAACAAUUUUGAGGUGAGCACCUCAGUAAUCACCAUGCUGCGCGGUUCAGUGGUGUUCCGUGGUAAGGAGGGGGAGUGCCCCCGAUCACAUCUCCGGCGAUUCCACGAGCUCAUUGAUGGAAUCAAGAUCAAUGGGGUACCCGCAGAUGCCAUCCAGCUGAGGUACUUCCCAUUCACUCUGGAGGGGCAGGCCAAGGAGUGGCUAGACACUCGACCUCCAGGCUCCAUCACCACGUUCGCCAACCUGGCGGACAAGUUCCUCACCCGCUACCAUCCUCCGUCCAAGACGGCGGACUUGCAGAAGCAGAUCACCCACUUCACCCAGGAUGAAGAUGAGACCAUCCGGGAUGCUUGGGAGAGAUACAACAGUCUCUUCCUAAGAUGUCCCAAUCAUGGUUUCAACGAUGCUUUCAAGGUGGGAACCUUCUAUCAUGCCCUCUUCCCGGAGGACAAGCAGCUGAUUGAUUCUGUCUGUGGCGGGAACAUGCUGACCAAAACACCGCCACAGCUGAAUCAACUCUUUGAGGAGAUGGCGGAGAACGGAUACGAUUGGGGCACUGCCAGGAGAUCGAGACGAGCACCGGGACAGGGUGUGCAUGUUGUAGGCACCCAGUCAUCUGAUUUGGUGCAGGUGGUAUCGAAGCUGGUGUCAGCUAUCGACCGUUCUGGUUUGAUUGCAGGUACAGGCCAGCCGCAGGCGAUGCUCUGCCAGUGGUGCGAGAGCUCCCAUCACAUUGUGGAAGACUGCCAAGCGAUGAAGGAAUCGACAACACCCCAGGAGCAGGUGAACUUCAUCAACAAUGUUAGGCGCAACGACCCCUACAGUAACACCUACAAUGAGGGGUGGCGCCAGCAUCCUAACUUCUCCUGGGGUGGGGCAAAUUCCAGACCACCAGUUCCCCAGGGACCAUCGGGCUUCCAGAGGCCACCAUAUCAGCCCAGACAGGGGCAAUUCCAGCAGCCACAACAGUCUCUCUACCAGCCCAUGCAGGGGCAUGCUGCUCCAUCACAGCCGCGACCUUUCCAGCAGCCAGGUGCAGCCCCUGCCGCCCCAGUGCAGAAUGAUCAGAUGGCUGAACUGCGGGAAUUGGUGGGUUCUCUGGCCACCUCCAGUGCGAACAAGUUCAAUAACAUCGAGCAAUUCAUGGAGAAAGAUUCAGGCAAAUUCUUGGAGCUAGAAGCUGGUCAGAGAAAUACACAGGCUGUGCUGCGGGAUAUACAGACCCAGCUUGGGAGUGUUGCCCAGGCUGUAGCACAAAGGGCUCCUGGUACCUUGCCCGGUCAGACCAUUCCUCACCCUCAGAACCCGAAUGAGCACUGCAAUGCCAUCAUGACCAGGAGUGGCAAGAUGACUGUUGAUCCACCUGCUCGGGAACAAGAGAGAGAGGCCCCUGCCUCGGCAUCGCCAGCAGCUGAAGCAGAAGCCGAGAAGGAGGUUGAGGUGCCUGCACCUAAACCGCAACCAGUAGUGAAGGAGUAUAUCCCUAAACUCCCCUUCCCUACUCGGUUGCACAAAGACAGGCUGGAGGCAGAGUUCGAGAACUUCAUGGCCAUGCUUAGGAAGCUGAAUGUUCAAGUGCCUUUCCUGGAGGCACUAUCUCAAAUGCCUAAGUAUGCGAAGUUCCUGAAGGAGCUUCUUUCAAAGAAGCAGAAGUUGAGCGAGCUGGCCACUGUGGAGCUCAGCGAGGAGUGCUCGGCCAUUCUGUAG